AUGGUUCGUGUUCGCCUGGUUGACUCACCUAUUUCUUCCGAGUCGGAAGAUAUACCGGAGAUGAUGGAACUUCCUGACCGAAUGUUUGCCGAUGGUGAAGAACCAGUUGGCGUUCGCGUUCUUGCUUAUCAUCCUUCGAGUGGAAUCCGGAAAAUCCUAAGAACUUUGUCCGACGAGGAAAUCCAAUUCAUCAAAGCUUCUACCUUUGGGAAAUUUAUAGAUCUAGCAGACAAACCAGCGUUCUCCGGGAGAAUGCUACGAAAGAAAACAGUAGUGGAUAAAGAUAUUAGGAUUAAGUAUGCUCUGCUUGCUCUGGUUUCAUCUGUAUUGAUGCCGACUAAUCUGAAGUCUAAGAUUCCAAAAGAGUAUGUAGAGAUGAUCAAAGAUUUAGACGAAUUCUUUUCGUUUCCUUGGGGCCGACUUGCUUUUGAUAUGCUAAUGACUAGCAUAAAGGAGAAAGAUGAGAUAGCGCUUUGUCAGAAUACAUUCGCUCUUAAAGGUUUUGUUCACGCUAUACAAUUGGUGAUGGUUGAAGCGGUGCCGGCUCUAACAGAGGUUGUUCAAGAGGCUGCUUCAUCUUCAGACACAGACUCAGAUAGGGAAGAAGAUGAUCUUCGCGAGAAGCAUAAUAAGCGACUCACAUUAAGCCCAGGACAUGCUAGAGAUGUUGAUCAGAAAUGCGAGGUUCCUGUAAAAUGUAUUAACGAAGACGAGGCUUCCUCUGUGGUGGAAGAUGAAGAGGAUGAUUACUCUGACGAGGAAAUAGUUGCAAAAGUUGAAAACGUUUUGCGUCUAUACAGCGAAAAACAUUGUUUCAACAACUCAAUGUUCAAGAGGGGAUUAGCAAUGGCUGAUGUUGAACGAAUGAGUAGCAAGGGAAAGAGCAAGAAGAGAGCAACAAAAGCUACUAAGAAAGCGGUGCCCAAAGAAUCUGGCUCGGAAGAGAGGUUUGCUACUCUUCUAUAUGACAAGAUGAAGCCAGAAAUUUCUAAAUUUCGAGAGAUGGCCAAGAAUAUAAAUGCCACUGUCAAAGUUGCUGGUCAAGAAUUUGCUUCGAUGGAGUCUCAGGUAGGAAGUAUUGUGGAAAAUAAGAUCAAGGAUAUGAUAGAGUUUGUUAUGGUUCCAAUGGUAGAGCAAAGACUUUUUCGGUUCAAAGAAGAUAUCAUCCAGGGUAUUGAAAGCAUUAUCAAGAAUCAACAUCAGGAUCCGGUUAUCAAUUCGAAAGGGCAGCCAUCUACUAGGCCACACUGUGACAACACGGAUCAGCCGUGCUACGGUACCGAAAAUGGUCAAGGAAGAAAGGAGACAUUUUCUCAAGAUGAAACAACACAUUCUGCGGAAGAUAAUUUGCAUGAACCCCCAACAAGAGGUCUACCGUCUGAUAUAACUGGAUUAGCUCCCAAUCCUGAUGCAACAUCGGAAGAAAAUGAAAGGGAUCAUCAUCCAUCAUCAGAGCCGGAUAAAGUUUCCUCUCCAGUUAAUAUGGCCCCGAGGGAUCAGUUCUCAUAUAUUGAGAAUCCAUCAUUCUCGCUUGGUUUGUCUCAGGAAGAAAUACAAGAUCAUACUGUCAGUAGAUCAGUUAAAGAACCCGAAACUCGCAGAGAAGACAUUCAGGUUAAGCUGCCACAACGUCGAAAGAGUUUGCGACUAAAAACAACUCUUAAUUCAUCACCGUUUCCGUCUACUUCAGCAGAGCAGAUGUCUGACAUGGAAUUGUUCCCUGUUUCUGAGAUUCCGUCGUUCUCCCUUGGUUUGUCUCAGGAUGAUAACAAUGAGGACCUGUGUAGUCCAGAUAUACUAAACAGAGCAAGGGAUGCCCAAAUGGUUGUUUAUGGGAAAGCUGAUUCUUGGGAGUAUACACAAAAGUAUACUAAACUUGCCCAAAAGCUCAAAUCCCAGUUUGUUAUCAAUAUCGGAGGGUGUAAUGUUUCAACCAAAGACAUUGUGGAUAUUGUCGAAAGGGCCAGGCUGUACUCUGCAAAGGUGAUGGACAUCCUUAUGAAGCAUCUCAGCUUGUCAUAUGCUAAACAGUCUCUACCAGUUCAGGGCAAAAGAUCGGUAUUUUUUAAUACAAAGUUCGUUGCCUCAUUGUCUACCAGUUACCUGAAAUUCUCCAAAGUAUCGGAUAAGAAAACCCAUAUGUUUACCAAGAGUCUUGUGGACGUGUUUGGAGAGGUCAUGGAUCAUCUUCCUGAUGACUAUCGUUUCUACUUCCCUUUUAAUCUUGAUAAAAAACAUUGGGUCGGCUUGUGUGUGGAUCCAUCUGCUUGGCUGAUCACAGUUAUGGAUUGCAACACCGCGCUCAGGAGUGAAGCUUUGAUCAGUUCUGAAUUCAAGCCGCUAUCGGAGAUGUUUCCUUACCUAAUGAGACAAGCUGGAUUCCGAAUUUUGAAUUCUCAGCUUAGACCAAUGGUUGUUGAACGAGCAAAAUCCAUUCCGCAGAACAUCAUCUCAGCCGAUUCUUCUCUAACGUCCAUUCUACUGAUGCAAACACAUGCUCUUUCUGGAAUUGAAACUUGUCGUUGUAUCACUCCACAUAUUUUAGCUUCUGAGGCGCAAAGGAUGGCUGUUCUUCUAUAUGAGUACCACAUGAAACUCUAG